AUGUAUUUAUUGCCAGUGCUGUUAUUAUUAGUAUACUCCUCGAUUCAUCUCAUCUCAAGAACUGAAUGCAAUAGUCAUCGUGAUAGAUAUGACGAUACUAAAAAAUAUCUUAAACGAAACCAAGUAUUUGCUGCAACAUAUAGUGAUAGAAAUGGUUCUCAACAACUUUGUGGGUAUUCUACUUUAGAUUAUUACCUGUAUACUGGCUCAAAGAGACAUACUAAAAGAGAAAGAAUGCAGGAGGAAGGUUUGGAUGCUCUACUUCUGAAUAUCCCAGUAGCUAAAACCAUUCAUGUUUCGACAUACUUUCAAUAUAUUACUUGUAUUCAACAGUCAUAUAUCAUUUACACUUAUAUCAAGGCUUCCAAAGAACCAGACAAAAAGAUGAUGGAUAUUUUAAUUAAUCGUGUUAACGCAAAAGAACACCGAGAAGAAUAG